CAGUCGGAGAAAGAGGCGGAGGCAGUGGCUGCCGCGAGGGGAGGGGGAGUCCCGUCUGACUGAGACGGCAGGCCUGGGCGGGCGGGGGUGCCGCGGAGGGCGGAGCGCCGGGCUGGGGAUGAGCUAAGCGGGCUCAGAGCGCCGCGGCAUUCAGCCCCUCGUGUCCCGCUACCGCGCGUGAGGGAAUCCGGCGCCGCUCUCCAAGCUUGAUCCGCUGCUCGCAUGGGAGCCAGCUGGGAGUUAUUUCUCAAACUCUGAGGCUGCGGAGUUCGCACAUUGAAAUCUGUCAUCUUUUUCAGAGAGAAACUUUCGGUAAUGUAUGUAACCUUCUGUAAUGGAAGAUGACUGAAGACAAGGGGCCUCAUGUUGCUGACUACUUUGUUGUAGCAGGAUUAACUGAUGUUUCAAAGCCUCUAGAAGAAGAAAUUCACUUCAAUGAUGCUUGUCAUAAAGUAGCUAAACCAAAAGAACCUAUUACAGAUGUUUCAGUUAUUAUCAAAUCUCUUGGGGAGGAAGUCCCACGGGAUUAUGUCUGUAUUGAUGUUACCCCAACUGGAUUGUCAGCUGAUCUUAAUAAUGGAAGUCUUGUGGGGCCACAGAUUUACCUUUGCUAUAGAAGAGGAAGAGAUAAGCCUCCACUUACAGAUCUGGGGGUUUUAUAUGACUGGAAAGAAAGAUUGAAACAGGGUUGUGAAAUUAUUCAGAGUACUCCCUAUGGGCGCCCCGCAAAUAUUAGUGGGAGUACCUCAUCACAAAGAAUUUAUAUCACUUACCGAAGAGCCUCUGAAAACAUGACUCAGAAUACGUUGGCUGUCACUGACAUAUGUAUUAUUAUACCCAGUAAAGGAGAAAGCCCACCACACACGUUCUGCAAAGUCGACAAGAAUCUCAAUAACAGUAUGUGGGGGUCAGCAGUAUACUUGUGUUAUAAAAAAUCGGUGGCAAAGACGAACACUAUAUCUUACAAAGCUGGCCUAAUUUGUAGAUAUCCUCAAGAAGAUUAUGAGUCAUUCUCACUACCAGAAUCCGUUCCUCUAUUUUGUUUACCAAUGGGUGCAACCAUUGAAUGUUGGCCAUCAAAUAGCAAAUACCCUCUGCCUGUAUUUUCUACAUUUGUUUUAACUGGAGCCUCAGCUGAAAAGGUUUAUGGUGCUGCUAUUCAGUUUUAUGAACCAUACUCUGAGGAGAAUCUCACAGAAAAACAGAGACUUCUUUUGGGUUUAACAUCAGCAGAUGGGAAGUCUGAUAGUUCCAAAACAAUUCAUACUAACAAAUGCAUCUGUCUUCUUUCUCACUGGCCUUUUUUUGAUGCAUUCAGGAAGUUUCUGACUUUUCUGUAUCGUUAUUCCAUCUCUGGGCCUCAUGUCCUUCCAAUUGAGAAGCAUAUUUCUCAUUUUAUGCAUAAAGUUCCUUUUCCAUCUCCUCAGAGACCACGGAUUUUAGUUCAGUUAUCACCACAUGAUAAUCUGAUUCUCAGUCAGCCUGUGUCUUCACCUCUUCCACUAAGUGGUGGCAAGUUUUCAACACUACUGCAGAAUUUAGGCCCUGAAAAUGCUGUGACACUACUGGUGUUUGCAGUAACAGAACAUAAAAUUCUUAUCCAUUCCCUACGGCCGUCCGUGCUUACUAGUGUGACAGAAGCAUUAGUGUCUAUGAUUUUCCCUUUCCACUGGCCAUGCCCAUAUGUUCCUCUCUGCCCACUGGCUUUAGCAGAUGUCUUGAGUGCACCAUGUCCAUUCAUAGUAGGGAUUGAUUCAAGAUACUUUGAUCUCUAUGAUCCUCCACCAGAUGUCAGUUGUGUUGAUGUAGAUACCAACACUAUUUCUCAAAUUGGUGACAAGAAAAACGUAGCCUGGAAGAUACUUCCAAAGAAGCCAUGUAAAAAUCUGAUGAACACACUGAAUAAUUUGCAUCAGCAAUUGGCAAAACUGCAGCAGAGACCGAGAGAUGAUGGACUCAUGGAUUUAGCAGUGAAUGACUAUGAUUUUAAUUCUGGAAAGAGGUUGCACAUGAUAGAUUUGGAAAUCCAAGAGGCAUUUUUGUUUUUCAUGGCCUCUAUUUUAAAAGGUUACAGAUCAUACUUAAGGCCAAUAACACAAGCCCCAUCUGAGACAGCCACAGAUGCAGCCUCUCUCUUUGCCCUACAAGCUUUCUUAAGAAGCCGGGACCGGUCACAUCAAAAAUUCUAUAACAUGAUGACCAAAACACAAAUGUUUAUUCGCUUCAUUGAAGAAUGUUCUUUUGUUAGCGACAAAGAUGCAAGCCUGGCAUUUUUUGAUGAUUGUGUAGAUAAAGUGGAUAUGGACAAGAGCGGUGAAGUACGACUUAUAGAACUGGAUGAAUCUUUCAAAAGUGAACAUACUGUUUUUGUAACACCACCUGAGAUCCCCCACCUACCCAAUGGUGAAGAACCCCCUUUACAGUACAGCUAUAAUGGAUUUCCAGUUCUUAGGAACAAUUUAUUUGAAAGACCUGAAGGAUUUCUACAAGCAAAGAAGAACAAAUUGCCUUCAAAAUCAAGUAGUCCUAAUAGCCCUUCGCCCAUGUUCAGAAGAACAAAACAGGAGAUUAAAUCAGCCCAUAAAAUUGCAAAGAGGUACUCCUCCAUCCCUCAGAUGUGGUCUAGGUGUCUACUGCGCCACUGUUAUGGACUGUGGUUUAUUUGUCUCCCAGCUUACGUGAAAGUCUGUCAUUCAAAAGUUAGGGCUCUGAAAACAGCAUAUGAUGUGCUUAAAAAAAUGCAGUCAAAGAAGAUGGAUCCACCUGAUGAGGUAUGCUACCGCAUUCUUAUGCAACUCUGUGGACAAUAUGAUCAGCCAGUGCUUGCAGUUCGAGUGCUUUUUGAAAUGCAGAAAGCUGGUAUUGACCCCAAUGCCAUUACUUAUGGUUAUUAUAAUAAGGCUGUUUUGGAAAGUACCUGGCCUUCAAGAAGUCGUAGUGGCUAUUUUCUUUGGACAAAAGUAAGAAAUGUUGUUUUAGGAGUAACACAGUUCAAAAGAGCUUUAAAGAAACAUGCACACUUAUCACAAAUAGCUCUCUCAGGUGGCCAGUCUGAUCUUGGAUAUAAUUCAUUAUCUAAAGAUGAAGUUAGAAGAGGGGAUACAUCUACUGAAGACAUUCAAGAAGAAAAAGAUAAAAAAGGGAGUGAUUGUAGUUCCUUGUCAGAGAGUGAGAGUGCAAAAGGAAGUGCUGAUUGCCUUCCUAAGCUCAGUUAUCAAAAUUCUUCCAGUAUCGUUCGCCUCACUGGUACAAGUAACAACAGUGCUGAUAAAAUAUCAGGAGAAAGCAUGGAACACACACCUGAGCUGCUCUUAAUAUCAUCUCUUGAGGAUACAAAUGAAACACAAAACAUUCAAAGUAGAUGCUUCAGGAAAAGACAUAAAAGUGACAAUGAAACUAAUUUGCAGCAGCAAGUGGUCUGGGGAAAUAGAAACCGUAAUCUUAGUGGAGGGGUACUGAUGGGAUUUAUGCUCAAUAGAAUUAACCAGGAAGCAACCCCUGGAGAUAUAGUUGAAAAAUUGGGAGCUGAUGCAAAAAUUCUUUCAAAUGUUAUCUCAAAAAGCACAAGACCAAAUACUCUUGAUAUUGGGAAGCCACCUUUACGAUCAAAAAGAGACAGUCUAGAAAAGGAAUCUAGUGAUGAUGAUACACCUUUUGAUGGUUCUAACUAUUUGGCAGAUAAAGUGGAGUCUCCUGUUAUUUUUGACUUAGAAGACUUAGACAGUGAAACAGAUGGAUCAAAAGCAGGAUGUGUUGCUACACAAAAUCCCAAGAGGAUUCAACGUAUUAACAGCAGCUUUUCAGUAAAACCUUUUGAAAAAACUGAUGUCGCAACAGGAUUUGAUCCCCUCUCUCUUUUGGUUGCUGAGACUGAACAGCAGCAAAAAGAAGAAGAGGAGGAGGAUGAAGAUGAUAGCAAAAGCAUUUCAACACCAUCUGCUAGGCGUGAUUUAGCUGAAGAAAUUGUGAUGUAUAUGAAUAACAUGAGCAGUCCUUUGACAAGUCGUACACCAAGCAUUGAGUUACAGCGGGCAUGUGAUGAUAAAUUAAAUAAGAAAAGUCCACCAUUGGUCAAGGCAUGCAGAAGAUCUAGUUUGCCUCCUAAUUCUCCUAAGCCAGUGAGACUUACCAAAUCUAAAAGUUACACAAAAAGUGAGGAGAAACCAAGGGAUAGACUUUGGUCUUCUCCAGCCUUCUCACCUACUUGCCCAUUUAGGGAAGAAUCUCAGGAUACAUUAACCCACUCAUCACCUUCAUUUAACUUAGAUACACUACUAGUACCUAAACUAGAUGUUCUAAGAAACAGUAUGUUCACUGCUGGAAAAGGAGUUGCAGAGAAAGCAAGCAAAUGGUAUUCAAGAUUCACCAUGUACACCACAUCAUCUAAGGAUCAAAGUUCUGAUCGUACCAGUCUUUCUUCAGUGGGAGCCCAGGAUUCUGAAUCUACCUCUUUAACAGAUGAAGAUGUCUGCCAUGAGUUGGAAGGAGCUAUCUCCUCUCAAGAGACCAGUGCUACUUCAGGGACUAAGAGAAUUGAUCUCAGCCGAAUAAGCCUGGAAAGUUCUGCAUCCUUGGAAGGAUCCCUGUCGAAGUUUGCCUUACCUGGGAAAUCAGAAGUGACAUCUUCCUUCAACGCGAGUAAUACAAAUAUCUUCCAGAACUAUGCAAUGGAGGUUCUCAUCUCAAGUUGCUCUCGGUGUAGAACUUGUGAUUGUCUUGUCCAUGAUGAGGAAAUCAUGGCUGGCUGGACAGCAGAUGAUUCCAAUCUCAAUACUACAUGCCCAUUCUGUGGCAAUAUCUUUUUACCCUUUCUGAAUAUAGAAAUAAGAGAUUUAAGACGACCUGGAAGAUACUUUCUAAAGUCAAGCCCAUCAACAGAAAAUAUGCACUUUCCAUCCUCCAUUUCAAGUCAGACGAGGCAGUCUUGCAUUUCAACAUCAGCCUCUGGUCUUGACACAUCUGCUGUCUCUGUUCAAGGGAAUUUUGAUCUAAACAGCAAAUCUAAACUGCAGGAAAAUUUUUGCACCCGAAGUAUUCAGAUCCCUGCUAAUAGAUCAAAAACAGCUAUGUCUAAAUGUCCAAUAUUUCCAAUGGCCAGGAGUAUUAGUACUUCUGGCCCCUUGGAUAAGGAAGAUACUGGAAGACAGAAGCUCAUUUCUACAGGCAGCCUGCCAGCUACUUUACAAGGAGCUACAGAUUCUUUAGGUUUAGAAUGGCACCUUCCAAGUCCCGAUCCUGUCACUGUUCCGUAUCUUAGUCCUUUAGUGGUAUGGAAAGAACUUGAAAGCUUAUUGGAAAAUGAAGGUGAUCAUGCAAUAACAGUGGCAGACUUUGUGGACCAUCAUCCAAUUGUUUUUUGGAACCUGGUAUGGUAUUUCAGACGUCUUGACUUGCCCAGUAACUUACCUGGAUUGAUUCUUUCUUCUGAGCACUGUAACAAGUAUUCAAAGAUUCCCCGCCACUGUAUGUCUGAAGAUAGCAAAUACGUUUUAAUACAAAUGUUAUGGGACAAUAUGAAGUUACAUCAGGAUCCGGGACAGCCCUUGUACAUUCUCUGGAAUGCACACACCCAAAAAUAUCCAAUGGUCCAUUUAUUGCAAAAAAGUGAUAACUCAUUUAACCAGGAACUGUUGAAAAGUAUGGUAAAAAGCAUUAAAAUGAAUGAUGUCUAUGGACCAAUGAGUCAGAUUUUAGAGACACUGAAUAAGUGUCCACAUUUUAAAAGACAGAGGAGUUUAUACAGAGAAAUACUAUUUCUCUCACUCGUGGCACUGGGAAGAGAAAACAUUGAUAUAGAUGCUUUUGAUAAAGAGUACAAGAUGGCAUAUGAUCGUCUCACACCUAGUCAAGUCAAGAGUACACACAACUGUGAUAGGCCACCAAGUACAGGGGUGAUGGAAUGUCGAAAAACCUUUGGAGAACCUUAUCUUUAAGAUGUCUUUAACUUGAAAGCUGCUAUUUGGCACUUUAUCUCAGAGCAAGAAGAGAAAGAGUAGGCUGUCUCUUUGAGAAGACCCUUGUCCUUCGUGCUAAAGUUAGCAUGUGCUGCCUCUUCCUGUCUGGAUACAAGACUAAGCUUUAUUUCAAAACUGAACUCUCUAGCAGCUGCAUACCAGUUUACCUUAAUGUCCUUAGUACUUGAUGUCUUAACAUCCUCAUACUACCUUGCUCCUUUGGCCUCAAAGUAAGCAUAUUGGCUGGCUUAUUUUUCUUAACAAAAUUAGCAGUACACAAAUUGAAGAAUUUUCAUCUUUGAUUACAAAAGUCUGCGCAUGUGCUUGUACUCUGAGAUGGUGAUAGAUUCUUCUGAUAAAGUUAUUGCUGUCUUUCCACAGUUCCUGUUCAUUUUGAUGGCUCCCUCCUUUACUAUUUAAAGAUUUUCUUUUCAAAUGUAGUACUAUGAUAAAACUAUUGCAGCAACUGGUGGAUUUUCCGCAAGUGAAAUUCUCCAGGUUUUGCUUGCUCAUACAGCGAAGGGCCUAAAGACCAGAAGCGUGCCUUUAGUUGUGCAGGCAGACUUGGGCCAGGAUGUCCUGUAGGCUUUAGUGAACCCCCAGGGAUAGGCAGCUCUGCUCAUGAGCCCCCUCAUUACAUCUUUCAUAGCAUCCAGUCCCCAUACACAUUGCAAGCUGCACCUGCUGGAGGACCCUCCCACCAAAAAAGGGUCAGAACCAAGAGUAUUCAUUGGCACAUAAGGCCAACCAGUUCUUCUCGAUUAUUUACUAGGCUGUGCUCUAGAUAAUACAUUCCAAUUCCUGCCCCCUUUGGUACUCAAUCUUUAAAUCAUAUUGAUAUAGACAGCUAUAAAAGACUAAGCCUCUAAUUUGAUAAAACCAUUUUCGAAUCUAUUGAUGACAGUGCAAUAUAAUGUUCAAAAUAUAUAGUAAACAUUUUGGCUGGGUACAGUGGCUCAUGCCUGUAAUCUCAGCACUUUGGGAGGCCGAGGCGGGCAGAUUGCCUGAGCUGAGGAGUUCGAGAUCAGCCUGGGCAACAUGGCAAAACCUUAUCUCUACAAAAAAAUAGAAAAAUUAGCUGGGUGUGGUGGUGCACUUCUGUAGUCCCAGCUACUUGGGGAGCUGAGACAGGAGGAUCGCUUGAGCCCAAAAGGUGAGGCUACAGUGAGCCAUGUUCAUGUCACUGCACUCUAGCCUGGGUGACAGGGCAAGGCCCCGUCUCUUUUUAAAACAAAACAAAACAAAAAAACCAUUCAAACACAUAACAGUUUGAAAAAUGUGGAAUACAUCUCUUUUUUCUGGUACUAUAUAGAAUCUUAACCCAUUAAAUUAGGAAGAAUUCAGAAAUCUGGCUCAAACCUAUUACCAGGGCCUUCAAGGAAGUGCAGCCUAAGGGGGUUGAAGUCAUCCAGGUAGCCACUGACUUCCAAUUCAAAUACCCAUUUGGGACAGUUCAGACUUUCCAGGCUGAAUGAACAACCUAGAAUUUGUCACAAGUAACUAUAUGCAGAAUGUUCUGCCUAUAAAGUGAGAGGACCAUCUCAAUAUUAUCUUGACAUUUUUAAAAUGGUACUUUAAAACAGCAUGAUUUUAAUAUUAUAGUAGGUUUGUAAAUGUGUGACCAAAAAACUUAAUUUCCAGGUAUAACCAAUUAGUCUUUUAAAAGUUACACAAGUUUUCCAUCUCCCCAAAGUAAUCUUCUCACUCUCCCCCAAUGAAUUCCUACUCAUUCAUCAAGACUCAGCUUUCAUUUUUUGUACUUGUCCUUUUCUGUAACACUGUGAAGUGAUCAGAACUUCCUUUCUAGGCAGAGGGGUAUGCCAGAAAUUCAGCAAACUGGGAAAAGGAUGUCAUAUUAUUAGAGUUGGUUUUAAUCAUUCAAUGGAUAUUUCAGCCUUUUAUCAUUACACAGCAUUUUACGGUCCAUCACCCCUUACUCAGUCUGAGGAAGAACGUCAGAUCCCAGGCUGUGGGUGAAGUGACAUCCCCGAGGCUAACGGGAACAGGCUGCAGAUACCAGGUUAGCGCCCAGAAUUUUGGUAUUGGGACCUCCCUCCCGCAGGCAUUGCCUUCUCCUGUUCUUAGGCCUUGGCUAUGGAAACCUGGCAAUGCAGUAGCAUCAGGAAUAAGGACAAUUAAGAAUAUAGAACUGGAACAUGAUUCUGUACUCUUCAUCAGUCUUCUCAGGAGGAUUCUGACCAAAUGACUUAAAGAUAAGGAUGAGCCCAUCCAUGUUGUAAAGUAAAAUACCAUUGGGAUUCAGUUUAUUGAAAUUUAAUAAAAAUUAUUUCCAAAGAAUGGGAAUCCUGGGGUAGCGAGGCAAUUAAUUAAGCAGUUCAUCUUAAAAGAUGGAAUACUUUGAACACCUUAGCCAUCGUUCAAUGCCAAAAUGUUUGGGUUUUUUCACAUCACAUCCGUCCUAUCUUUUCAUCUUCAGUGAAUCAUUCCUCAUGUUUGUAAUUAAAGCCAUAUUUACCAUCAUAAUCUGCAGUCACCUGAGCUCAUUUUGCUCUGAAGCCAGUGAUAUUAAGCUGUUCUAUUUCUAAUGUGUCCCUUAACUUGAUUCUAGUACAAGCAGCAAGCAGUGGUAUUUAAUAUACAAACUCAUCAAAUUCCACAUAAAACAUUUAACCACAUUUUUUAAAACUCGAGUGUCCUUUACACUAGCUACCUUGGAAGUAGUACUGCACUUUUCUCACCAUGUUGUCAUUGUGUUUUGCAUUCUUGGAAUUUCCCUUUUGUAAUUACCUUAAGAUCCAUUCAUAAACCACAGAAGAAAUCAGUCUUGCUUUAUAAUCCUAUCUAGGUUGACAUGCAAAAAUAGCAUUGCCCCACUGGAUCUCUUACUUCAUAAACCAGAUUGGUGCUACUGACUUUGGACUCUUUAGAAUGACUUCCCUUCCCUUCCCACUCCACUCAACUGUCGUUGUUGGGUGAGAACAUGCUGGAGGGUGGAGCCAGGACAGCUGGCCAAGGGUGGAGCCAGGGCAUUCCAUUAGAAUGUCUAAUCCCUCAAGGUGACCACUGAUGGAGACAACAUGAAUUUGCAUGUUCUAAUAAAUACAUACUUUUAAACGGCC